UUGCGCGUGGAAAACAACACAGCCGGAAAACUGAGCAGCGAGGUACAGUCCGAGGGUCUUCAGGUCUGUACCGUUUUUCCAUUCAAUCGUUUGUGUGUGUCAGACAGUAACUCCGGACUUAGAUUUUUAGUUGACACCGGUGCCAAUGUGUCUGUUUUACCAGCCGUGAGAAAAGAUCGUCUAAAUCAGUGUAGUGAAUAUAAAUUAUACGCAGCUAACGGCAAUGAAAUCGCAACUUACGGUACCAAGACAAUAGUGUUAAACUUAAACUUACGCCGACCUUAUCGUUGGGAAUUCGUUGUAGCAGAUGUCAAACAACCAAUUUUGGGCGCCGAUUUUUUAGCGUACCACAAACUAUUAGUUGAUUUAAACGCGCGUAAAUUAAUAGAUAAAACUACAGAAUUGAAUGUUUCGGCAUCUGUUGUCAAUGUAUCUCAACCUAGUGUUAAAACUAUUGAUGUAAAUCAUCCAUAUCAGGAUUUAUUGUUAAAGUAUCCGGACAUCACUAAACCAGCGUCAUUCCGAGAAACUGCGAAACACGAUGUCGUCCACUAUAUCGAGACCUCUGGCCCGCCCGUGCACGCGAAAGCGCGCCCGUUGCCACCUGACAGGUAUAAAAAAGUUAAAGAAGAAUUUCGCAUCAUGCAAGAACUGGGCAUCUGUCGUCCUUCAAAGAGCGCGUGGGCUAGUCCGCUCCAUGUAGUUCCUAAAAAGAAUGGAGAUAUAAGACCUUGUGGGGACUAUCGCCAGCUGAAUGCGAUAACAAAGCCCGACAGAUACCCGAUUCCUCGCUUGAACGAUUUUACUUUUAUUCUUCCGGAUAAAAAGAUAUUUUCAAAAUUAGACAUCAAUAGAAGUUAUCAUUUUAUACCUGUCGCACCAGGUGACGUGGAGAAAACCGCUAUCAUAACACCAUUCGGACUUUUCGAGUUUCCUCGAAUGACCUUCGGUUUGCGCGGAGCAGCACAAACCUUCCAGCGCUUUAUGAACUCCAUUUUACAAGGUCUUGAUUUUGUUUUUUGUUAUUUAGACGACUUACUUAUAACUAGUGACAACGAAGUUCAACACAGGCAACAUUUAGAAAUUAUUUUUAAAAGGCUUAAUAAAUAUGGAAUUUCAAUUAAUUUGGCAAAAUGUCGUUUCGGACAAACUAAACUAGAAUUUUUAGGACACGAGAUUAGUACCGACGGCGUCAGGCCGUUGCAAGAUAAGGUUCAGGCAAUUGUGGAAUUUUCGAAGCCGAAAACUGUCGCAGAACUAAGACGUUUUCUCGGUAUGGUCAAUUUUUAUCGAGCUCAUCUUCCCAACGCAACUUUAUAUCUAACAGAAUUAAAUAAAUAUCUUAAAGGUCAAAGAAAAAUGAUAAGACUCCCAUCGUCUGGACGGAUAGUGCGAACGAAGCAUUUACGCAAUGUAAGGCAGGUCUCACACAGGCCGCUACAUUGA